CUAUAUAAACGCGCAAAUCUAUAUAACCGGGCAAACAUAUAUAGCCGAGCAAAUCUAUAUAGCCGAGCAAAUCUAUAUAACCGAGCAAAUCUAUAUAACCGGGCAAAUCUAUACAAACGCGCAAAUCUAUAUAACCGAGCAAAUCUAUAUAACCGAGCAAAUCUAUAUAAACGCGCAAAUCUAUAUAACCGGCAAGUCUAUAUAAACGCGCAAACCUAUAUA